AUGGCCCAAACACCGACCCAGCGCCGCGCAAACGCCAAGUUCGCGAAAGGCAACGAAGCCCGCAUGGGCAAGUCCGAAGAUCAGAUGAAGGUCCGCCCCAAGGAGACUCCCAAAUCCCCCAUCUCUCCCAUCUGGCUCGGUCUCCUCGCCUUCAUUCUCAUCGGCGGCCUGGUCUUCGACCCUGUUUCUCGCAUGCUCGGUUUCUAG